AAAACCCAAUUCUCACACCUUUUUAUACUAAGUAAACAACUCAUCCAGAAUCUAAAAACACUAAACUGCUUUACACACUACAUGCACUUCACUACUCCAUUCACCAACCGCAAAAGUUUGAAGUUAGAGAGUUUGAUUCUUGAUUCUUUUCACAUGGAUGUCUUUUCUCAGUACUUUGUUUCGUCACCCAUGUCUGUUUCGCCACCCAUGUCUUUGUCACCCAAUUCCGACAGUAGCGGGUCUCGUCCGGCGAAUUAUUCUGAUGAAGAAGUAAUGUUGGCUUCCAGCCACCCGAAGAGGAAAGCGGGGAGGAAGAAGUUUAGGGAGACUCGGCACCCGGUGUACCGAGGUGUGAGGAGGAGGAAUUCCGGGAAGUGGGUGUGCGAAGUGAGGGAGCCGAAUAAGAAGUCGAGAAUCUGGUUGGGGACUUUUCCCACAGCGGAGAUGGCAGCGCGAGCUCACGAUGUGGCGGUAUUAGCCUUGAGGGGGCGAUCAGCGUGUCUUAAUUUCGCGGACUCGUAUUGGCGAUUGCCAGUACCGGCGUCAAGUGACCCAAAGGAGAUCCAGAAGACAGCAGCAGAGGCGGCGGAGGCAUUCCGGCCAGUGGAAGGGAACUCAGGGGAUGAAAUGAAGCCGACGGAGAAUGUGGAGUCGGGAACAAGUGGAGUAUCGGGAGAUUUGUUUUACAUGGAGGAGGAGAUUUUUGGGAUGCCAGGACUGAUUGCAGACAUGGCGAAAGCGAUGAUGCUGCCACCGCCCUACUACAUGUACAAUGCCGACGAAGUGGAAUUAGAUAACACUGAUGUGUCAUUGUGGAGUUACUAAAUUUAAGUUAGUGCUAGAGAUGCAUUAGAUUGGUUUUUAUUAGACAUUGUUCUGGUCCGUACUUAUAUUUUUUGACAAGUACGGUCACUAUUGAAUAAGCCUAUUGAAUAAGCAAGGAACUGAAUUGUAUGAGUGAAGUUCUAAGCAAAGGUUUGGCCCGUUUGAGUAGAUCUUCUUGAAAAUGAAGUCGAGGAAAUAAUUACUCAGAGUUAGAGUUAGAGGUGUGUUUAGAUUAAUUGUUUAAAUUCAGUUGACAGUUUAUCAUAAAUAUUUAAGGAUUAA